AUGCCGAAAGGAGACCAGCCCAAUGCUAUUAAGGAAAUAGUUGAAAGUAUUCGUCAAGGGCAAAAAGAACAAGUGCUUUUAGGAGCCACAGGCACCGGCAAAACUUUUACCAUGGCUAAUAUUAUCCAGCAAACCCAAAAACCAACCUUAAUUCUGGCUCAUAAUAAGACCUUAGCGAUGCAAAUCUAUCAAGAAAUGCAAGGAUUUUUUCCUCAUAAUCGGGUGGAAUAUUAUGUUUCUUAUUUUGAUUAUUACCAACCGGAAGCCUAUAAGCCUGCCACUGACAUGUAUAUCGGCAAAAAAGUUCAGCGGAAUGCCAGUAUUGCCAAAAUGCGUUUGAAAACUCUAAACUCUUUGGUUACUAAUAGGCAUGUAAUUGUGGUGGCUUCGGUAGCCGCCAUUUAUGGUUGUUUCAAUCCCGUUUCUUACCGCAAGGUAGUUAUUCAUUUGGAGAAAGGGCAAGAAAUAGACAAGGAUUUACUUCGGGAAAAGUUAUUGCUUCUCGGAUAUAAAAAUGACAAAAAAAUUAAUCCCGGAAACUGUCUAAUAAAGGAGGACAAAAUUAGUUUUAUUCAGGACUAUGUAGGAGAAGAAGGGGAAGAAUUAGCCGAAAUUUUAGCAAAAAUUGAAAGGGAAUUGACCGAGCAAAAAGAAUACUUUUACCAAGAAGGGAAAUUUUUGGAGGCUGAAAGACUAGAAAAAAGAGUUCAGGAAGACUUAUUUAAUUUGCGAGAAAUGGGUUUUUGUCCCGGAAUUGAAAAUUAUUCCCGUUAUUUUGACGGGAGAAACGAGGGCGAAACCCCUUUCGUGUUAUUAGAUUAUUUUCCCAAGGAUUUUUUAACUAUUAUUGAUGAAUCUCACAUUACGAUUCCCCAAGUAAAGGCCAUGUAUAAUACCGACCGCCGACGGAAAGAGACCUUAGCAAAAUAUGGUUUUCGCUUGCCUUCUGCCUUAGAUAACCGACCUUUAAGUCAAGCCGAAUUUUUUGAAAAAAUUAAUUUUUCUCUUUAUGUUUCGGCUACUCCUGGCAAUUUUGAAUUAGAGAAAGUAAAUUAUCGACCGGUGGAGCAAAUUAUUCGUCCGACUGGCCUUUUGGACCCGCAAAUAGAAGUCAGAACCACCCGCAACCAAAUUGCAGAUAUUAUGGAGGAAAUUAAAGAAAAAACCCACCGGGGGGGGAAAAUUCUCAUUUAUGCCCUAACUAUUGCUAUGUCCGAGGAUAUUGCUAGUUAUUUACGAGAAAGAGAAAUCCGAGUAGUAUAUUUACAUAGUCGGCUAGAAAUUUUUGAGCGAUAUCAAGCCAUUACUAGUUUGCGGCGUGGAGUGUAUGAUGUAAUUGUGGGAAUUAAUUUGUUGAAAGAGGGAAUCGACCUUCCUGAAGUCUCUUUGGUCUGUAUUUUGGAUGCUGACAAGCCCGGUUUUUUGCGUGAUACUCGCUCACUAAUUCAAAUAAUUGGACGGGCUUCACGGAAUAGUAAUGGUAAGGUUAUUUUAUAUGCGGAUGAGAUUACUAGCAACAUGCAUGGUGCCAUUGAGGAAACUAAUCGUCGCCGUCAAAUUCAAGAACAACAUAACUACCAAAAUAAUAUUACUCCCCAAACCGUGGAAAAGCCAGUCAAGGAUAUUGCCCUCGACCCUCUAAUCGCCUUGUUAGUAGAAAAAGCCCAAAAAGGAGAGAUGAAAGAGAAAGAGUUGGAAAAACUAAUGAAAGAUUUACGAAGAAAAAUGAAAAAGUCCACCCGGGAAUUCAAGUUUGACCAAGCGAUUGCCUUUCGGAAUGCUCUUUUAGAUUUAGAAAAGAUUUCUAAAAUUGAUGAAUUACUACCUAAACAAGCCAAGUUAAAAAAACAUUUAGAUGAUAUUAAACAAGCCCUCGUUAAUUAUGAAACUUCGAAAGAUUAUGUGCAAGAUUAUUUAAAAAUAGUGGAGGGAUUACAAAUCUCCAAUUGGGAAAAUUUACCAAUUUUUACUCCUUACGAAGUGGAUCAGAAAACUGGAAAGGGUAAAAAUACCGACACUAUUUAUUCCUUACAGGCUUGUCUUUUUGGGACACUGGAAAAUUCUAUCCAGAGAUUAGUAGAGACUUAUCGAGAAAGAUUAAUAAAGUUAGAAACAUUAAAGAAGUUGACUGAACUGAAAAAAUUACAAGAGGUAAAGCACCUUAAUUCUUUAUUCGGUCGAGCCCAAGUUCGCUUAAAAGAAAAAGUUUUAUACUUAAUGGCAUUUAACGGAUUACUAGGAGAGGAGGAGUUGCUAGUUUUCCAACAAUACUCUGAUUUUAAUGAGGUAGUAAACGAAUUAGUAAGCAUUGAGGCUAGGAAAAAAUUAGUAGGGAGGAAAGCGGGAGAAGAUUGGGGAAAGAAGGAGCGGAAAAUCUUUUUGCUUGAAAAAGAUUAUAUAAAGUUAGAAGCAGAGUUAGCCAAAGAGGAUUUAAAAGAGCGUGAUAACCAACUUGACUUGAUAAAAAGUGAAAACCAAGAAAUUGCCACUAAUUUAGCAACCGAGCAGAAAAAAACCGCAGUUUUGGAGGGGCAAAUUAAGGAAAAUCAAGAAAAAGAUUUUUUAAUCUCAGAAAACGAAAGCUUGCGGGAUGAAUUAGAGGAAGGAUUAAAACUAAAAAACGAACUAAUGAACCAAAUAGCCGCGGUGGAAAAAAAUUACCAAACCGAGCAAGCCGAAAUUGAGGAGUUAUUUACCCAAAUUAGCAUAGGCUACGAACAAGAAAUUAAAACUGCCAAGAAUGAGCAAACUAAAUUAGAAUUAGUAAUUAGUCGUUUAACCAAAGAAAAAAAUGAAGCCGCCCACAAAAUUGAGAAAUUGGUCCAGGAUAACCAGCAAUUAAGCACCGAAUUAAGCGAAAAACAAACACAGGAGGAGUUAAGCCGAAUUAAGAUUAAAUUAACCCAAACUUUAACUGACCUAAAACAGCAAAGUAAAAAAUUAAGUAAGCAAACUAAAAAUAGCCACAAAUUAGCCCGAGCCCGCAUUAGAAUUAGUGCUGCCAAGGAAAAAAUAAGCCAAUUAGAGCAAAGUCAGCAGCAGCAAGAAAAUCUCCUUAAUCACCAAGCCCAGGAUUUAAGCACUAAAACAGCAACUAUCGCUAAAAAAACGGCUUAUAUAAAUAAGCAACAGCAAAAAAUAGCUGAGUUAAAAAAUAAAGCGACUGAAUUAAAACAAGAAUUAGACCAGUUUGAGGCGAACCAAGCCGAAGCAGACCAAAGAAUUACCGAGUUAGAAGAAUUAGGGAUUAAAAAUGAACGAGACACCGCUGAAGCCAACUUUCAAAAUGAGCAAGCCACUCACGCUCACACCUCCGCCCAAUUAAAGCAAGCCAAUGUUGAUUUAGUUAACGAAAAAAAUCGAGCCGAUAAUUUACAAAAGCAAAUUGAUACUCAUACUUGUUUUUGUCCUAAUAGUUGCUGUCUAAAUGGUGAUUAUAACCACUUAAAAAUCCAAAACCAAGAACAAAAACAAAAAAUAACUGAAUUAGAAACUGAGAUAAGAAAAUUAAAAGAUCAACCGCCAAUUCAGCCAGACAAUACCGAAACAGUAAAUUUAUCAGCCAUUAUCCAAGCCAAAAAUCAAAUUAUUCAGCAAUUAGAAGCAAAAUUGCAAGAGCAACCGAAAGAAAUCAUUAAAGAAGUAGAGAGCGGGGAAAUUAUUCGAGGCUUACAAAGCAAAAUUAAGGAAAAAGAACAAACUCUUACUCAAUUUAGGGCG